CUGAGCCCGCCCCGGGCCCGGCCCGAGCCCAUCGCGCCCGCCCCGAGCUCGCUCCGGGCCCCGCCCCGUGACUCGUCAGCGCGGGGCGCCGCUCGCAGUUCCCGCUGGACCCGCCCGGGCGCUGCCGCCGCGGCCCCGUUCUCCCCCUCCGCCAGGAUGUCGGCCAAUGUCCCUGGGAGCUCAAACAUGGCUGCUGGCAGCAACCGCCGGCUUCAGCAAACCCAACACCAAGUAGAUGAGGUUGUGGACAUCAUGAGGGUGAACGUGGACAAGGUUCUGGAGCGGGAUCAGAAGCUGUCAGAGCUGGAUGACCGCGCUGAUGCCCUGCAAGCUGGGGCCUCCCAGUUCGAGACCAGCGCGGCCAAGCUGAAGAGGAAGUACUGGUGGAAGAACUGCAAGAUGUGGGCAAUAUUGAUAGGUGUUGUUGUCAUUAUCAUCAUCAUCAUCAUUGUCUGGAGUGUGUAUUCAUGAAUUACAAGAAGAAGCUCAAUUCAACUGAAGGUGCCUUUGGGAAUCUACUUCAGCCUCUCCACUUCAAACCUGCUGCCUUCUCAGCCCGUUUACUGCUGUUUAAAGCAAACCUAUUUUGAUUACCGAGAUGUUAACUAACUUUACUGGUGGCCUUAA